CUGUCGUUAUGGUGAUAGACGCUGCGACGCUAAAUUAAAAAAAGUUCGUAUUUCCUUAUCAAUUUAUUGGCUACAAUAAAGAUAUAUAUGUUUUAAAAUAUAUGUUUAAUAUGAGAACUGAAGCACGAAACUUAAACGCAUUUUAUUGUAUGUAAAGAAUGCCAACUGGAAAAAAAGAUGUUGCAGCAGUUCGUAAAUUGCUUAUGAAGUGGGAUGGUGGCAACAAGCAAACAAGAAUGUCAAUACUGGAAGAUUUUAUUCGUAAAAAUGAAAAUAAAACUGGUCCUGAACUCGACCGUGAAUUUGCUCAAUCUGCUAGUUUAUUUCUUACAAGACUUACUGCUUGGUUGAGAAUGACAUACAUGGUUGAAAAACAUGUCAGUUUACAGCUUAAAGCUAUCAGAAUCUUUGUUGGGGCUUCAAGUGGACAUAAAUUUCUGACUGAAUUUUUGGAAAUUGGAGGCGUGUUGACAGUACUAGAAAUCCUUGGUUUAAAACAAGCAACAGAGGAAGACAAAUUUGAAUCUUUGCAACUUCUCUUAAAUAUUGCUGAUGAUGGAAGACGUUUUAAGGAAUUAAUUUGUGAAAGUUAUGGUAUCCAGGCUGUGGCAGAAUGUCUUGCAAAGUCCACUUCAGAAAAAACUCAAGACUCUGCUAAAUUAUUGAUACAAGAACUAGCCACGGGGAAUCCUAAGUUUCAAGGUCAACUGUACAAAGCAUUAAUAUCUUUACUACGCGUUGCAUCACCUAAAGCUCAACAAAUAGCGGCAGAAAUAUUAAGAAUAGUUCAACCUAUGGUUAAAACAACCGCUCCAACUAUUGUUGACUCUGUGUUAAUGUUAUUACGCUCCUUUCAUUUGGAAGUGCAAUAUGAAGCGUCAGAACUUAUUAAAGAUCUUAUAAAUUAUGAUGUUCAGUUACCUUUGAUUAAAGGAUUAAUAUCUUUACUCAAACCUUGUAUGAAAGACGUCCACGUUGAUGAAAUCCACAAUGAUCUUUUUCUGUCAGAGACUGGACUAUCAGUGCUUGUUUAUGUUCAACAAGCAGCAGCCUGUAAAAUGAUAAGGGUACUGGCUCAAAAAUCACUUGAUGUGGCCGAAACGUUUAUUCAGUUUCGUGUGAUACAUAGUCUCCUGGUUGCACUUGGUAAUAACAAGAAUUCGGAGUCUCAAAAACAAGCUGCGAUAACUCUCCAGUUUUUUAUGCAAUCGUUUUCAUUUGUAAAUAAAAAAAUAAAGGAAUCUCUGGGGGAGACAUUUCAGGAAGAAUUACUGAAAAAUCCAGAUGACUUGUACACCAAUCUUACUCCAAUUCAGACGAGCGUUUUGUCAUUGAAUAAAAUUAAUAUUCCUGAAGUGGCUGAAGCUCAAGAAUGAUGAAGAUGAUAUAUUCUUCUGUUAAUCAAAUAAAGCAGCCGCCUUUUCUUAAGUGUUCAUACUUCAACGUAUUUUUAAGACCGUUGUAAUUAAACCGAUGGUAAAAAAAAAAUGCAGUUGAUUUAUAAUAUAUUACUAUAGAACUUGCUAAAUAUGUAUAAAAAUGUUGACGAUUGGGAAAACGUCAAUUAAUUUGCCGAUAAACAAAGGAUUAACAAACAAAAAACACGAAUUGAGGAACGUUUUGGAAGCCGACUCAACGUAAAGAUAGCUUCUCGGGUAACAAAACUUUUUAUUGUAAAUGGUUAUUGUUUGCGAAAAUUUUACUGCCUAAUGAACCAUUGGAAAAACAACUACAAAUUUAUACCAAACGUUUUUAGCAAACCAUGCA